GCAGUUAAAUGUCACAUUAAAACAGCAAUUUGAAAUGUUGAUGGGCAAAAGCAAAACUGUAAAUGUCUGCUUUUGAAAUGAGAAACAGAGGCUUUCAGGGAGAAGGAAAAAACUUUGUUUUGUCUGGGUCAGAAGCCCACCAACGCUAGAUAACAACCAGUCCCGCUCAUUUUCCUCCCGGAGAACGGGGUCAUUAGUCCAUGACAGAUGUCAAAGAAUCUGAAGCAGAAAGUGUUGCUUUAUCACUUAUCUUCAAAGGCACACUCCGAAUGUGACUCCAGCACAAAAGCCCCUCAAAACUCUGUUUAUAUUCCCAUUUUAUACAAUAGCAGAAUUACUCUGGCCGCGCUCAUUGAAAGAAAGUGUUUUAAGGCAACAUAUAAAGAAAUGUGAACAAUAGCAAACAGAGGAGCACUUUUUAAUAACUUUAUGGAGGGAAAAUUGUAUCUUCAAUAGAUCAGGUUUUUUUAGGAAAUGUGUGAAAGACCAAAAGAAAAUGUGUUAUGAACAAAUCUUUGAAUACAAAUGAAAAUCCGGCCACUUAUAAGAGUAGACUUGCCGCAAUCAAUAUUUUCUUUGAGGUGUAAAUUUUAUUAUUUUUUUCAUUAACCCAACAACAAUAGUUGUAAAGAAUUCACACAAAUCUGGCGAGUUAAUUCCACUGGUCAGAAGAAGACAACUAGCUCGCCGUAUUGUGUGUUUGUGUGGCGUUCUUUGCGGAAGGGAGGAGUUGUCCUUCAGUGAACUCCGUCUGUGUUGUUGUGGUCUCUGUUUACUUAGCCGUUUUUAUGCGUUCUAGCGAGAACAAUACCCCAGAGCGGAGUAACGCAUCAGAGGUCACCACGAAAAAGUGAUGGACCGCUUCGGAACCCUGUUCUGUGUGAGUCAUCGGUGACUAUGUGAGAAGAGUGCGUGCUGCUGGUAGACAAAAAAAAAAAACAGUUUCUGAAAACUGAUUAAAGAUCAAGACAGGAAGGGCCAGGUUUAGGGAAACAGGAAAACUGGUGCAAGGAAGUGGACUGCGUCAGCAGCCAGCCCACCGCAUUCUGCUCCCAAAGUAUUAUCCAGACUCAGCCGGAGAAUGGAGUCUUUUUUCAAGUCACAGAUGAAACUUCUGCUUUUCACAGCAUGGAUCACAAGUUUGAUGGACGUUUACUGCCUCUCUGACAUUUGUGGCUCCUGCCACAAAGAUGCCACGUGUAAACCCAUGAACGGAUCGCAGAAGGCCUGCUUCUGCAACCGCGGUUUUACGGGGGACGGGACGCGGUUUUGUGACGAUGACAACGAGUGCCAAAACGCCACCAACAUCUGCGGGGACAGGAGCCAGUGUAAUAACACGGUGGGCAGCUUCUACUGCACAUGUGACCCUGGAUACAGAUCGACAGGACUCCUUCACUUCCAGCCAAACGAUGGCACCGAAUGUACCGAUAUCGAUGAAUGCGAGUCAAGAGAGAUCUGUGGACCGAACUCGCACUGCCACAAUAAAAAUGGAUCUUUCUACUGCUCCUGUCAGCGUGAUUAUACCCCAACUUCAGGCACUAAGCACUUUCAUCCAGGAAAAGGUGCAAGUUGUAAAGAAAAUCCACAGAAAUUCUGCCACAACAACAUGGGAUGUAUGACACGGACUGUCAAUAAAACACUUGAAAAUAUGAGCAAUUUCACCGAGCCGCAGAGUCUCCUGAAAGAGAUUGCCAAGCAGACGUCUGGUGAACUUACCUCAGUGGAAGUAAUUGCGUAUGUAGAGGCCUUGAGUCGAUCCGCUUCAACACUGGCUGCUGGAAAGAAGGAUUUCACUGUCAAACCAUCUGCCAUCAACUCGACCCUUUCAAAAUUAGUUCAAGCGGUAAACAACUUAGUGGAGAAGGAUGAGCUGGUGGCUUGGAGCAGAAUGAAAGAGGAGCGUCGAGAGCACACCAUCACCAAGCUGCUGCAUGUUGUGGAAGAAGGUGCUCUGUCUCUGGGGAACAACUGCAGAACCUCAACGGAGAUUGAUGUCAGAGCAGCUGAAAUGGAACUGAAACUCGUCACCUUUGAUGUUCAACAAACAAAAGCCAAACUUUCCGUUUCAAUGGGGGGAGAUCAGAUAAGUCUCACGCCAAAGAAGAAGCCAAUGGACGGCAGAAAUGGAAGUGUGUCGGUGGUGUUUGUGCGAUAUGACAGCAUCAGUGACAUCCUGAAGCCGAGCAGCGACCCAGGUGUCACCGACUACUCGCGCUACGCUGGAACAGGGGAAAUCAAUGUCAACUCCCAAGUCAUAGCAGCGGCUGUCAAACCUGCUGACGUUUACCAACUUGACCAUGUCACCUUCACUCUAAGGCACAAAGAGCCGAUUGACACUACAGCUGAUGUGACAAAGUGUGCCUUCUGGGAGUACGAGGCAGACAGCCUGCAGGGCCGCUGGGCUACACACGGCUGCAAGACUUCCAGCGUGUCCAGCAACGCAACCACCUGCACCUGCAACCACCUCACGCACUUCGCAAUCCUCAUGUCGUCGGGUCGAGCUAAUUUGGUGGCCCACCAUACCAUCCUGACCCGCAUCACCCAGCUGGGGAUGAUCAUCUCUCUCAUCUGUUUGUUCCUGUGCAUCUUCACCUUCUGGUUCUUCAGCGAGAUCCAGAGCACCAGAACCACCAUCCACAAGAACCUGUGCUGCAGCCUCUUUAUGGCGGAGUUCAUCUUCCUGGUGGGAAUCAACAUGAACACUCAUAAGCUUUUCUGCUCCGUGAUUGCAGGCUUGCUGCAUUAUUUCUUCCUGGCAGCCUUUGCCUGGAUGUGCAUUGAAGGAAUCCAUCUGUACCUGAUCGUUGUGGGUGUGAUCUACAACAAAGGCUUUCUCCACCGGAACUUCUACGUCUUUGGCUAUGGAAGUCCAGCAGUGGUGGUGGCCAUCUCAGCAACGCUGGGGUCAAAGUAUUACGGCACGGAUCGAGUGUGUUGGCUGAGCACAGAAAACCACUUUAUCUGGAGCUUCAUCGGACCUGCCUGCCUGAUCAUCCUGGUUAAUCUCUUGGCCUUUGGAGUAAUCAUCUACAAGGUGUACCGGCACACCGCUGUGAAAAAGCCUGAAAUCAGCCACUAUGAAAAUAUCAGGUCAUGUGCCCGCGGCGCCUUCGCUCUGCUGUUUGUGCUGGGCGCCACCUGGACCUUUGGAGUGCUGCAUAUUCUCCAUGAGACCACGCUCACCGCCUAUCUGUUCACAAUCACAAACGCCUUUCAGGGAAUGUUCAUCUUCAUCUUCCUCUGCGUGCUCUCCAGGAAGAUUCAGGAGGAAUACUACAGGCUUUUCAAGAAUGUUCCAUGUUGUUUUGAAUGUCUAAGAUGAGCAUAUUGACCGUCAAUAAUAGCCGCUUUGCAGUAUCCCAACAUUCAAAGUUUAAGUUUCUGAAAAAUGAAUUGUUAGGUAGAGAUAUCUAAUAAAUAUGUCCAUUAUACCGUCUUAAGAUAUCAUUUUCUAUUCAAAACUGUGGAUUAAUACGUUUUGCUUUUUAGUUUCAUGUCUUUAUAAUUACUUUCUUACAAUCAAGCCUCACCAGUGUAUUGACUUUUUUUUCCGAGACGAUUCUUGCACGAGAACAAUGAAAGUUGUGUUUUUUCUCCCAAUUUAAUUUAAUACCUUUGCAGUUAUCAGCCAAACGCCUGAAAUCUUCUUUAAAGCCUCCGUCUUUGUUGUUUCUUUUCAUUUCAAAUUGAUCUGCAAAUUAUUCAAAUGAACGUGGGAGACUUAGACAAAUCUCUUCUUUUAUAUGUUAAAUCAAUGUCUUUGUGCAACACAGACUUCAAUGUGGCUUUUUAAGCAACAUGCAGUAAAGUGUGCAAUCAAUAUGAAUUCAAUGGGAGGUUUGGACGGACAAAUAGCUCCAUCUACUGGACAGGAUGAGGGAUUGAAACUGCAGAAACAAUCAGAAAUUCUGACAGUCUGGUAAAAGCUUUUUGUCUGCAAAGUAAACUAAAGUUCAAAUAAAAGUGUAUAUAUUUUUUGUACAAUGUUUCCUGUCUUUGUAUCUUGUUUGGUUAAUAAAUUACAUGUCUUACUCCUCUGA